GCUGAUGCAGCACGGAUGAGAGGGGAUGUACGCCGAUUCCUGUGUACGUAUAGCUUUCUCAAGACAAUAACAAAGAUUUCUUCGAUAAUGUAUAAGAUUAAUGUAUUUUUGAUCUUCUGGUGUGCCGUGAUGAUGCAACCAUUGAUGGGCCAGGGCUUGCGCGACAAGAGCUCGGAUAUCAGUGUCCCGUCUGCCGAUGCGGAGGUCAGUGCCACAACUGUGGCAUCUAUUAUGGGAUCGUUGAUGGAAAAGACUCCAGCAGGAAACUACGCAGCUGCCGAAACUACCCCGGCUAUGGCUACAGGAAGCCCCCCAGCUGCGGUCAAGUCCACCCCUCGCCCGAAGGCUGCCCAGGAGUACAAAAAGCGCAAAGUGGCUCGCACACACAAGCCCCUAUUCGAUGAGUCUCGAUUUGACUCAUCGAUGGAGCAGUUCGACUUUCAUGACGCCCCAAAGCCUCGUUCGCCUCAUCGCCACAAGCGCCAGAAACGCCACCGCCACGCGCCGACUGAGAAACCGUUCCUGGAGCCCUACCCCUUGAUGCAGACUGAACCGCCAAUGCCUCCUCGAUACCCCAUGCGUGCAUUCUCAUCUUCUGAUGCGGACACCGCCACAUCUUCUCGUGCGUCGCCGUUUUCCUUCUACGAGAAGUUACGUUCGCCGGAUUUAAAUUUCGAAGUGAAGGUGCUCGAAAUGUUGUCCCCCACAAUGCUGAUCGAGAGCGUUGAGCUGAAACCGUAUGAACACUCUCAGCCGACAAUGGUGCCCCAGAAUAUGCCCGGAUUUGACUUCUUGAACGCUACCGAGUACGAACGUUAUGGCGGCCACUCUAUUUACUCGCCCAAGAAAACUCACAAGCGCCACUCUUCUCCGGAAAAGCCGCCACUAUUCGACAUUUUGCAACCAGUUCUGAAGCCGCUCCUACACUCCCUACGUAAGAUGGAGAUGCAGACAGCCAUGGAAAUGCACAACAGUGGCAUGGAACAACCAUUGUCUCAUCGCAGCUUCAAGGACCCAACACUUGAAAGCGCCUACUGAAGAAACUGAUCAAGCUCAAGGAUCUGCUGAAGGCCCCCGACCCAGCCUUUCUAGCUGUCCUAUGAGCAUCGUCACAACCGCAAAGGCGUUUUAGGUUUAGAUAUAGCGGUAGGAUAUUAGGUUUGCCAGGUAGCUAAGAUUUCCAUUUGUGCUUGUGGUCAAUCUAAAUUUGUAUUUUUUUUUUAUUUAGAAAUUAGUUUUUGUUUUGGGUUUAGUUUAGUUUCAGGGAAAGUCAAAUUUUUAAAAUAUUUUUGGGUUUUUGACAACAAUUUGAAUGCCAACAAAUGAUUUGAGAUACGAUUAUAUUUUGUAAGAAUCAGUUUAUAGGUAGUUAAUAAAAAGAAGCA